CGGGUGCGGGACGGGUGCGGGGCGGCUGCGGGGCGGGCGCGGGGCGGACGCGGCCGGGCCGGCGCCGCAGUGUGCCGCCGCUGCGACACGCGACCACACCGCGCUCGCACACGCGACCGCUCCGCGCACGACGAUGCUGGCCCACUGACCGCCGCGAGUGAUGUGCUGUGAAUGGACGCACCUAUGACCUAAAAGUUGUACCAUGGAAGGAACGUGACUGUAAACGCAUACGCAGGUGUCCUGCCAUGAGGCUGUGUGGUGCGGCGGCGGCAUGCGCGCUGACGGCGCUGUGGCUGGCGGGCGGCGCGGCGGGCGGCGGGGGAGGGGGAGGGGGAGGGGGAGGGGGAGGCGGCGCGGGCGGGUGCGGCGUGGCCGAGCUGGCGUGCCGCAGCGGAUCGUGCGUGCGCCUCGACGCCUACUGCGACGGCAUCGCGCACUGCCCCGACGGCAGCGACGAGCCGCCGCACUGCUCCGUCUGCAACCGCACCUACUACGGCCGCGCGGGCGUCGCCUACGCUCUGGCCGUCCCGCAAGCGCCGCGCGCGCCUUUCCUCUGUCACCUCACGUUCACGGCGGGCGGAGGGGCGCACGGGGACCUGGUCCAGCUCGCGUUUGACGAGUUCCGCGUCGGGCGAUACGAACCGGGCGCCCUGGACGGUUGCCCCGACGGCUACAUGCAGCUCUCCGAGCUCGGGCGACCCUUCACGGGCGGCUCCUGGUGCGGCGAGGCGGACGGAACCGCCCUGUAUUAUAGCGAAACCGCCACCGUCACCGUCUCGGUCAAGCUGUUCCGGAUGAGGCUCGGCGAGACUUUCGGCUUCAAGCUCCGAUACAAGUUCAUCUCCCAACUCGAUGCCGUUGUUAGAUUUGGGGCGAUGGAGGCCCCGUUGGAAAGAGGUGCCGUUUCGCCGGGUACAUACUGCACGCGAACGUACGAGGAGUGCCACCGUAAAUCGUGUCGGUUGCAAAGUCCGAACUAUCCGGGAAUGUAUCCGAGAAACGUCACGUGCUACUGGAGUUUACGACAAAAAGAUAUUCCUACAUGUAAGCACGCUAUGAUAUCAGUGCGGCAGGAAUAUUCACAUAAGAUGCAAAUCAAGCGCUCAAUAUCCAUGGCCAGUUUAAACAAAACGGGGCGAGCUGUGCGUGCGUGGCGCGAGUGCACGGGCGAGAGGGACCGACUGAUAUUUUACGACGGCGCGUCCACCGAUGACCCGGUGCUGGUCGAGUACUGCGGCGGGGACUGGCUGCCACGCGUGACGUCACGCGGCCCGGAGAUGCUGGUGGCCUUCCACUCGUCGCCGUUCAGUGCCCCGCUGCGGCCCGCCGCGCCCGCUGCACCGCUGCGUGGCUUCGAACUCGAUGUAGACAUCGUGUUUGCCGACUCUGAUUCGCUCGACUAUGCUAGGGAGGCACGCCGCUGCGAAUUCCACGUUAAAGCAUCUUCAUCGGAGGAGGAAACAAACGCGACGACACCAAGUGGUGGAAGAGGUCGGCGAGGCCGCCUGAGGGCUCCCUCCCAUACCCUGCCUCCCAAUACCACUUGUACUUGGACGUUCCACGGCCGCCCCGGUGACCUCGUGUGGCUAUACUUCUCUAGUUUUACGCAGUAUUCGCUAAUGGAACCGAGACGCAUCGAGAGUGGGGAAAGGGAUGAGGACAGUCCCUCGACGAGAGCGACUCCACGCGCUCCACCGCCGACCGAAGGAGGAUCUGAUGGGACUUGUGCAGUGGAACUGGUGGUGUGGGACGGUGGAGGGGCGGGGGAGGUGGGAGCGAGCCUGUUGGGCCGGUAUUGUGACUCCACGCCUGCGUUGUGCGCGCGCGCCGCUCUAGCCAACGCUACGCGGUCGCCACGCCCGUGCGCGCCACCCGAUGGCUACGUAUCAGCCGCCGCUCUUAUGUCUCUCGCUGUAACUACGCUGCCUGGAACGGCGACUCAUCCUUUAGCGUUUUCUUUGCAUUACGAAUUCGUGGACGCUAGACUGGAAGGCGCGCCGCUCCCGGACGACGGGAGGCGGGCUCGGCCGUGGCCGCCGGAGUGCUCGAGGACACUGUCUGUGCCGGGUUCGUUUUCAUCGCCGCGAAACGCGUUGUGGUUCGGUCGCGGGGGAGCGCGUCAUUUGCGCUGUAUCUACCGACUGCAGACGGGAAGUGGACGGAUAGCCAUGGAGCUGGCUGCGGCGACGUUCGGCCGCGAGCCCGCAUGCACUACGCGCCCUGAUCCGCUCACGGGGCAGCUGGCGUGCUUUCCGGAACAGGAGACCCGCGUCGAGGACCCAGACUUUGUCGACGAUGUGCCUGGAGAUUUCGAUGGGGAUGACGAUGCGCCCCUGCAUGUUCCACAUCUUAAAAUAUACGAGUCACCUUGGCCGGGAUUCAGGGUGCCUGUGGCGUGCAUAUGCGACAACACGACAGCUCCCCUAAAACUGGGGGCAGCGGGCGGGGCACUCGAGUUGGAGCUGGUGUCGCGGCGCCUGGCGGCUGCGGACGACCACCGCCGGCUGCAGUUCCGCGGCGACUGGUCGCGCCACCCAGCGCCCUCCUGUGCCCCACGCCGCCGCCUCGCCCCGCCCGGACAGCGCGUGCAUCUCACCUUCCCAUAUGAAAACGAGCGGAUGUCCGAGUGCGGUGAGACGCCGUUUCUGCUGGCGGCGCGAGGGAAUCGCUCCGUGUUCUUGCGCGUGUGGGGCGAGGAGCUGGUAGGAACCGACCCACCUUGCGCCACCACCAACCGUCUGCUCGUAUACGAUGCGCACACUUCUAGGUUGAUUCGAGCGGUGUGCCCGGGCGGGGAUCGCGCGGUGCAGGUGUGGAGCGAGGAGUGGUGGGGGCGCGGGUCGCGGCCGGGCGCGCUGCUGGUGGUGUGGCGCGCGCGGGAGGCGCAGCACGCGCGCUUCGCGUGGAUGGAGGUGUGGCGCGCCGCGCCCGGACCCGCGCCCGCCCCCGGCCCGCUGGUGCAACCCGCGCCCGGCGCCGGGGACAAGUGGCCCAACGCGUCCGCGUCCUGCGCCUACGCCUGCGCGCCGCUCGCCGCCUGCAUGGCGGCCGCGCUCUGGUGCGACGGCGAGGUGGACUGCCCGGGUGGCGCUGACGAGGAGCACGGGUGCGGCGCGGGCGCCCGCCUCCUGGCGGCGCUGGCGGCUCCGGCGGCGGCGGGAGUGGUGGCGGCGGCGGCGUGCGGCGCGGCGGUGCUGGCGCUGGUGUGUGCCGCGGUGCUGAAGCGGCGCCGGACGCGGCGCGCCGACAAGCAGCUGCUGGGCGCGCUGGCGGCGGGCCGGCGCCUCACGGAGGAGCUGCUGUACGACGCGUCGCGCGCCUCCUCCACCGCCUCCUCCUGACGACGCGAGCGUUCCGUCGAGUACAUCCACGUGGACCGCGAGACCACCGUGUGACGGAACGCCGCACCCCCGCGCGGGCGCUGGACGUCGCCCGCGCUCCCCUCCGCAGUUUGUGAUCGCCCAUCACUGUUGUGUUCUUUCGACGAUUCUGUUUCGUUAUUAUUCGUUGGCGGCUCGCGUCGCUCCCGCGGGAGCGUGCGCCGCGUCGCGGCCUUGUGAUUUAUCGGUGACGAAUUAUCGCGAAGUGCGCCGCCGUCGCGUUCCCGACGGAUCCGUGAACUCGUUUUUAUAUGUUAUAUUGUUGAUGAACUGUCCCGUCCCUCGUUUCCACUUGAGUUAUGGAACGCUAAUAUAAAUAUAAAUUAAAUUUACGAAACGA